GAGAGCGGGCGAGCGAGCGACACCGGUGUACGUCUAGAAUACACAUGUGCAAAAAUACGCUGGUUUUGACAGAGCAGAGGCUGGCAUCUGCGCACCACUUCACCACGGAGGGACUCAAAUAAUUCUUCUUCGGAAGAUAAUUCUCUAGUUUCGUAGAAGAUUUUCAAGAGUGAGCCUUUCUACAGACUGAGAAUGACCUAGAAGCCACCACUGCUGAGCCCAGCAGAGCAGGAUAUCAUUCUUGUGUGUGUAAGCAACAAGGUGUGUGACAGCAAACAGGGCUCCAGCUGCACCCGGGUCAAUCUGUCAAACAUGGAGGGCCACGUCACACUGCUGCCCCCCCUGCUGCUGCUCCUCUGUAGCCUGUCAGGGGUGUGGGGGUUCCCCUUCGGCCCUGUCCUUGACAUGGACGUCACCCCCAGGACCACGGUGUUCUCCCAAGGCCUGUUAGGUUGCCAGCGUUUCAGCAGCCCAUCUCAAAACUACAGCACACUACUACUGGAGGAGGACAAUGGGGUGCUAUACGUGGGGGCCAGGGGGGCUCUCUAUGCCCUGGACACCACCAACAUCUCCACUCCUGGCAACCUCACGAUUGACUGGGAAGCUUCAGCCGAGCAGAUGAAGCAGUGUCUCAACAAAGGAAAAGACAAUCAGACAGAGUGUUACAAUCACAUCCGCGUCCUACAGAGGUACAAUGAGACUCACCUGUACGUCUGUGGCACGCACGCCUUCAGGCCCCUCUGUGCUUACAUAGAUGUGGAGCGCUUCAGUUUCUCCUCUGGCUUCGAGGAGGGCAGGGACAGGUGUCCCUACGACCCAGCCAAGGGCUACACCAGCCUCCUUGUGGACGGUGAGAUGUUCUCAGCGACCCAGUAUGAGUUCCGCAGCUCUCCGGACGUUCGUCGGAACUUCCCCUUCCCCACUCUGAGGACAGAGGAGGCCCCGACCAGGUGGCUGCUGGAGGCGGACUUUGUGGGCUCGGCGCUGCUGAAGGAGAGUGUCAACAGCUCGCUCGGCGACGACGACAAGAUCUACUUCUUCUUCACGGAGAGGAGCCAGGAGCAGAUGGCCUACCCCAGCCAGACCAGGGUGGCACGGGUUGCCCGCGUCUGCAAGGGUGACUGGGGUGGCCAGAGGACCUUGCAAAGGAAGUGGACGUCCUUCCUGAAGGCUAGACUGGUGUGCUCCGUUCCUGACUACGAGCUCCACCUGAAUGUGCUGCGUAGUGUCUUCGUACUGGAGGGCCCAGACAUACACAGCACCGUCUUCUACGGGAUCUUUGGCCUGGAAUGGAAAAAUGUCAAGGUGUCUGCGGUGUGCCAGUACUCCUUCACAGAUAUUCAGAGGGCCUUCGAGGGGCCUUACAUGGAGGUGCAGGAUUCCAAAUGGAGGGAAUAUAGAGGGAAGGUUCCGGUACCAAGACCUGGAUCGUGUAUCACAAACAUACACCGGUCCCAGGGCAUCAACUCGUCCCGUGACCUCCCAGACAACGUGUUGACCUUUGCGAGGCGCCACCCCCUGAUGUCUACACAGGUCCACCCCAUAGGAGGGCGCCCCCUACUAUUCAAGAAAAGUGUCAAUUACGUCAAGAUGGCCGUGCACCGGGUGGCAGCUCUGGACAGACACGUCUACACCGUACUCUUCUUGGGAACUGACGAGGGCUGGCUGCACAGGGCUGUGGAGGUCGGAGGUCAAAUGCACAUCAUAGAGGAGCUGCAGCUUUUUGAGAACCCUCAGCCUGUAGACAGCAUGGUCAUCUCCCAGACACAGGGAAGUGUCUAUGUGGGCUCCAACUCUGCAGUGCUCCAGGUCCCCUUGUCCUCCUGCCAACGCUACACGUCCUGUUUCGACUGUGUGUUUGCCCGGGACCCGUACUGUGGCUGGGACGGGGCGCUGUGUGUGGAAAUAUCCUCACGCACAAACAGCUCCAAUCUAACCCAGGAUAUACAGAAAGGCAACAGAGGCUGUGACAACAGCACAGGAGCUGUAGUCCACCGCAGGCGUACGGUGAUGUCUGGGGACGACAUCCUCCUCCAGUGCGAGCUGCGCUCCAACCUGGCCACGCCCCACUGGAUCCUGGAUGGGCACGAGCUCCAGGGCUAUGACCUCGACUCGGGCCACCGCGUGGGCACCGAUGGCCUGCUCCUCAUAGGCGCCCGGGUCGACCAGAGUGGAGACUACCACUGCUACGCCGUGGAGAACGACGUGUGGGUGCCAGUGAGGCUGUACACAGUGAAGGUGCACCCUGACCUGCCCUUCCCUGUGGGGCCAACAGUCACGACGAACACUUUAUCAACCACCGCCACUACCGCCCCACCAAGCACUUUUCUUAGCCCCAGCAUCCCCACCGAGCAGCCCCUGCCCUCCCCACCUGCUCCCCUCCCCUUUGGACCCGAGUUCCAGACCUACAGGCACUUGGAGGCCAUGUAUAUCUCCCUGGUGGCUGUGCUGGGCGGGCUGUGCCUGGUGCUGACCAUAGUGUUGCUCUACGUCAGCUUCUGCAAACGAGGGCCCUACCAGGGCCGCAAGUACUCCCAGGUGGGGCUGCCCGAGUCAGGGGCCGCAGCCGAGAGGAAGAAGAGCUCCCAUUCUCAUCUGGAGCUCAAGACCAUGUCCAUCCAUUGCAACGGCAGGCAGGACAGCAAGCGCGGACGCCGCUCCCUGUCGGCUUCUAACGUGGACGACGUGGGCGACGGCUUCCUUCAGAUUGUGCCUGGGGGGUCUCCGGGAAAGUCGCCGCCCCCUCCCGCCCCGCCUCUCCCAAUGCCGCCGCCCCUGCCUUCCUCGGCGUACGCAUCGUCAGAGUACGCCAACGGGAUGUCGGCCACGUUACCCAGUGUCCUUCGCAAGAUGAACGGCAACAGUUACGUGCUGCUGAGGCAGACGGCGGACCCCGAGGGGAGCACGUCUCCCCUCUACCACUCGUUCACCGAAGAGCUCAACCGCAUCCUAGAGAAGAGGAAGCACACACAAAUGGACCCCCAGCUGCCAGACGAGAGCUCUGUCUAGCCCCCCCCCUCACUUUCCCAUUGAUCUGUUUAUUGGUUUAACCCAACUACCCCAGAGUGCCCCCAAGAGGCAGGAAGGUCGAACUUUUGUAUUAUAGUGCUGCUCUUUACCCAGUGUCAAAGCAACUUGUGGGAGUAUCCAUCCCUAAAACUCAAUGUACAGCUUCCUGUGACUCGAGACAAGUGGCCCACGUUCCCUCCUGAACACUGGAGUAAAGAAGACUUUCUGACUUUGACCAAACUGGAGCGGUCAUUGAUGUAGUCAUGGUAACCAUUUUGGACACACAUUGUACUAUUACAUGGACCCUUUGAUUGACUUUCAAGGACUUAAGGUCACAUACAUGAUACAUACACAAGUUAGUUACAAUCCUACCUCAGAUCCUUACCCUAUUGGGGAAGUAGGGUCAGUGAUGGUCUGGUCAGCAGGCAAACUGACAGCGAGUGCUGUGGUGUAUCGUCGGACACGGGACGAUGAGAGCCCAGGUCAUAUGACCAACGACCAUGGAGUGAGAUGGUGAUGCACGUAAGACUGUGAGGAACUACCAAAUCCGGUAUGAACAUUAUAGACCAUCGUCUAAACUAUUGAGUUCGGAGAACAAUGGAUACGGUAGUUUAGUGCCAUACACGUCUAAGAUGGCUCUUAUUGACCCAGGCCUACAGAACUUCAUAUGAGAGCAAAUAUGGUUGGACAAAUAAUACAUUGCAGUUAUAACUUAAUACCACACACUUAUCUUCAUUUUCUUUUGUGCUUUAUGUAAAUAGCAAUAGUAUUGCUGUGGCAGCCAUCGGUAGCAACAAUGCCAAUUGAAAUGGUUGCGCCGAAACCAAAUUGAAAUGGAACUUUUUAGCAUCUUUGUGUUGUUAGCGUGUCGGAUUGUGUCAAAGGGGGAAAACAGCAGUAUGGAUAGACGGCAGGUUUUAUCUAAACUUGGCGGGAUGAAGACUAUCAUUAAAGAAUGAAGACAAUCGUUAAUGACUGAUCUCUGGUCAGAUUGAUCAGAGAAACUGAAUGGUGAUAAUGAUGAUGGAUCUGAUUGCCAGAGAUGUGUGAGCCCAACAGGAGACCAGCAGGCAAAGAUAUGCAAGAAGCCAGAUCACAUUGAUCUCAGAAGAGAUGGAGAAGAUGGAUGGAAGAAGGAGUGUGUGAGGAAACCUGAUGAUCUGAGCCAAUGACUGCUCAACAUACACAGAAGGACAAUCAGCACGUGAAACCUCCAAUGGCAGAGGACUUGGAUAUGGUUAUUGUAGUGUACUUACUACUUACUUGGAAAAUAUGCUGGCUACUACAGUCAAAUACGCACCUCCAGUAUAUACUGUAUGCCCCCAUAAACAUUGUGGAACACUUAUUUCAACAAACAUACUCGCUCACGUCAUACUGUACAGACAUGACAACAUUCAGAUGGAGGUUUAGACAAAGGCCCAGUGCAGCCGUUUUUAUCUCAAUAUCAAAUCAUUUCUAGGUAACAAUGAAGUACCUUACUGUGACAAAAAUAGCUUCUUAGCAAAGGGCAAUUUCUCAAGCAAGAAUGUUGCUAUGACUGUCUGGGAGUGGUCUAAGUGGGGAGGGGGAAACUAGCUGAAAACUAGCUGAUAUUGGCAGAGGUUUGGAACUCUUUCCUAUUGGUCUAGUAACUAUGAUGUCACCAGGCAGGCCAAAACUCCAUCCCACCAAAAAAGGCUAAAAACUCAAGGCAGGCUUUUCAAACAGCUCUUACACUAAAAGGGAAGGAUCAUCAAUGUCACAGUAUUAUUCCAACCUCAGUGUGGAAAUACAGUAUAAAUAAAACAGAAAAAUCACAUUUUUGACUGCACUGGGCCUUUAACUCCACAUCACCUACAGAAUACAUUUGAGUUAACAAUGACUAAAUUAUUCAUUUGCGUUAUACCUCUUGCGAGGACUUUUCUUGCUCUGUACAUAAGGAGAUUUAUAAUACCCAUGUAAAGUGUUACAUCAAUGUGUUACAUACAUGUUAUAUGUUGUUUUCUGGUUUUCUGGCUCGGUGUAGAUAUGACUACUACUUCACAAUCUACUUAGUAUUUUAUCAGCCAUGUAAUUGGCCGUGUCAUGUGUAAUUCUUUGGCCAUCAUUGAACUUGAGGAGAAAAUACAAUUCUCAUACAAGUACCAGUCAAAAGUUUGGACACACCUACUCAUUCCAGGGUUUUUAUUUAUUAUGACUAUUUUCUACAUUGUAAAAUAGUAGUGAAGACAUCAAAAGUAUGAAAUAACACAUAUAGAAUCAUGGUAACCAAAAAAAGUGUUAAACAAAUCAAAAUAUAUUUGAGAUUCUUCAAAGUAGCCACCCUUUGCCUUGAUGACAGCUUUGCACACGCUUGGCAUUCUCUCAACCAGCUUCAUGAGGCAGUCACCUGGAAUGCAUUUCAAUUAACAGGUGUGCCACGUUAAAAGUUAAUUUAGGCCUCCCGAGUGGUGCAGUGGUCUAAGGCACUGCAUCGCAGUGCUAGCUCUGUCACAACCGGCCGCGACCGGGAGACCCAUGGGGCAGCGCACGAUUGACCCAGCGUCAUCCGGGUUAGGGGAGAGUUUGCCUGAGAGGGAUGUCCUUGUACCAUCGUGCACUAGUGACUCCUGUGGCGGGCCGGGCGCAGUGCACGCUGACAUGGUCGCAAGGUGUACGGUGUUUCCUCUGACACAUGGGUGCGGCUGGCUUCCGAGUUAAGUGGACAUUGUGUGCAGUGUGGCUUGGUUGGGCUGUGUUUCGGAGGAAGCACGGCUCUUGACCUUCGCCUCCAUACAGGAGUUGCAGCGAUGAGACAAGACUGUAACAAUCAAUUGGAUACCAUGAAAUUGGGGAGAAAGGGUUAAAAACCACAGAGUGAAGGAAAAGCAGCCAACAAGUGUUCAGCAUAUGUGGGAACUCCUUCAAGACUGUUGGAAAAACAUUCCAGGUGAAGCUGGUUAAGAGAAUGCCAAUAGUGUGCAAAGCUGUCAUUCAGCAUAUGUGGGAACUCCCUCAAGACUGUUGGAAAAACAUUCCAGGUGAAGCUGGUCGCUACAUUGAAGAAUCUAAAAUCUAUUUUAAAUUUGUUUAACACAUUUUUGGUUACUACAUGUGUUUUUAGUUACUUCCAUGUGUUAUUUCAUAGUUCUGGUAUCUUUAAUAUUAUUCUACAAUGUAGAAAAUAGUACAAAUAAAGAAAAACCCUUGAAUGAGUAGGAAUGUCAAAACUUUUGAAUGGUACUGUAUGUUGUAACUGUUUUGUGCAACUACCCGAUAAAAACACUAUUUUGCAUCAGAUUGACUGGAAAUAAUCCUGUGUGUCAAUGCCCAAGGGCGAAGUCAGUACAGUACAGCAUUAUGCAAAACAUGUUCCAACAGCGUCCUUUUGUCUCGACAGCAUGAUACCCAAUAGUAUUGCUGUUGGGUGAUGAUGAUAAUCAAGGCCUUGGUCAUGUUCAUUAGGACACGCAAUGGAAAAUGUUUUAUACAAUGCAAAGACAGGUAGUCCCUCCCUAUUUUAGUCUGUUUUCAUUUGUUUUGGAACCUAAUGAACACGACCCUGUUUUCUCCACAGACUGCUCAACAUAUCAUUGUGAGUAAUUCACACAUAUGAUUGUGACAGGGUAUGGGGGUACAGCACAGGCUGAAAGACUGGUGGGAAAAAAGGCAAGUCUGAGUGGCGGUCUAGGGCCGUAACUAAGCAACAGCAAUCUUUAUUUAGAGCUUUUACACCCAGUGUCAGUCAAGCUCUGACAGUUCUCAUCGGGGGGAAAAUGUGAUUUGAGAACUCUACUCUGGUCAGUCUCUGCUGCCUGUAAUCGGUGUGUGAUAAAUAAUUAUUUAUGUUAAUACUAGUGGCAACCCAACUCCAAUCAAUAGAAAAAACAGCAGUCUGUUCAGUAGAUGUUCUUAGGAUAACAGACUGUUAUCAUUUUUCCCAAAUUAAAUAACUAGUAUGAAGUGGAUUCUAUUAAGGUUAACAUCAUCUCCUGUUUUAAGUCCACCCUACAUUCUGACAGGUAACCGUCAAAAAACAUACCCGAAUGAAGAGGCACAAUUUUACAUUUUUAUCAAUUGUUUAAACUAUAAUCUAGAACACUGACUUCACAGCCGGAAAAACGUAAUGCCAUCCUCUUUGGUCACCAAACAAAUUGAGAACACAUGACUGUAAUUGCUUUGCAGUCACAGGUGCACUUCCUCUUCCCUUCCACACUCAUGACUCACGCACCCUUUGCAUUUUACACAAUCAACCUUCGGAUUAUACUAUUUCCUUUCCUGUGACCAGUCACACGCAACCUGUCUGGAACUCAUCCAUCAAGUUCAACCAGAAAUCCUAUCUGACCACUUCUUUUACAGCACCACCCACAGCUAUGUUGUCAUCGGCAGACAAUCAACACGGCGUUCAUACAAGACAUGCUUAGUCAAGUCGUUGGGAACAUUCCCUGUUCUCUUAUUGUUGGGUAGCUGAUAGAGACGUUCAAGAGCCAUAUGUUUCUGGGUCAUUCCACAAUGUUUAGAUGGUUUUGGAGAUUGGCAGACAUUUUCUAAGUUGAGAUUCUGUUUGAACUGUGGUGUAAUGGCAACUUGAAAACACUGCUGUUAGUAUAAAUGAGUACAUAUGCUACAUGCCAUGGAAAAUAAACAUCUCUACAAUGUG